AUGGUGAAGGAGAGAGCUUACUCCAGGCGGGAGUUAGAAAGUCUACGGAGAGCUGACCUUCAACAGCUUUAUAAAAUACAUGGACUGAAAGGGGCGAACCAGAAAUCAGAUGUCUUAUUAGAGAGUCUAUUGGAAUACUUCACUUCUACCAAAUUCCUCAACACUGCACCCCCUGCUCAAUCUCGUCAUGCACAACGACUCAAGAGUAUUCCACCUCAAGGUGUUCGGAUGGGUACUGGGAGAAUAGAAGAUCCGCAAAUGCGGAAGGUGGCUCCCAUACCUAGAAGGAGUCCUUCGAAAAAAGAUACAGAAUUGGGGAAUAGUAGUAGUACUUUGACAGGUGGCGGGAAUGGAUCGUCUAUGGUCUUACCUCCAACGCAGGAGACACCUUCUGGUGCACAAUCAUUGAAUUCGUCUACGAACUCGCAACAUAGAGCCUCCGCUUCCUCGCAACCAUACUCCAGUCUAUCCGUACAAGUCAAAGUUCUAUCAAAGCGAUUAGAUGUCCUCGAGUCCAGAGCCUUUCCUCAUCGAGCCGAAAUUGACCAACUUCGAGAACAACUACGCUUGCUCGAUGGAUCGGUGGCGACCGGAUCGGGAGUGACCAUUGAACGUGUUGAACAGUUGCUCAAAGAGCGGGAUGAAAUGUGGGAAGCUAGACUGCAAGCUGUUGAGAUUAGAUGGGCCGCUAGAUUGCGAUCACUCGCCGAGCAGUUCAAUCAUGUAGGAGAAGAAGAUGACACAUCUCAAGGGAAAUUACCACAGUUUAUCCUCACCGAAGACACACCAACGACUCUAUCUCAUCUGGGAAAACGACCGACAACCACAGACGACAAUUCCGAAGGUGUUGUGCGGGAAGAGGAAGAGUCUUCGGAAAGUGCAUCACCUCGAAAACGAGCCCGACUAGAUCAAGACGUCGUCAGCACAUCUGUGGAUGGUGUGUUUCGAAUCCCCAAAACGCCAGUCACUUCCCGUCCUAUCCCUCAACUACCUUCCACCCCUCCCUUCAACCCUUCUCUUUCUCAAGAACCACGCACGCCUUCUCCCACACAUCAGGGACAUCUUCCCGACAAUUCGAAGACGCCCUCCGCUUUCGGCCCGGAUUUCUUCGCCGACCUCCCUCACAUCGCUCAAACACCAGAUCGUCGAGGUGCGACGGAACUAUCGUACCCCCUCUUUGCCACGACUCCUCGACCCGGGGAACCGCGGAGUCCGACAUUGGACGCACCACCGUCCGCAUCUCGCCGGCGGACGAACUACGGAGAGUUGGCUAUGUUGACUCCUGGUCGAUUGCGUCGUGGUGAUUCCGCUCCUCGUGCUGUCUCUCAAGCGCAUAUGGAUCUUUCGACCAUUACCGAAGCUACCGAAGAACCAUUCUUAACCAGCGUAAUUCGAGCUCGUACUAUCUCUGCCGAACCUAUGCCUGCCGAUUUACUUGGGCCUAUUCUCUCCCGCGACCAUCGGUCGAAAGACUCGAUCAUGACUCCUCCGGCUCUUUCUCCCUCUCCAUCCAUUGCCGAUUCACACUUCGCUCCGGUCACACUGCCUCCGACUCAGAGAAGUGGGGCGACUGUUCCAAGUGCUCGCACGAGGGGAGGUUCAUCGCCCGCUAGAGAAUAUAUGGAGGUUGCAUUGCGCGGUUUGAUGAACCCUCAGGAUUCACCGAGCGCAUUGGCCACACCCGGACAUAGGACCAUGCUAGGUACGGAAAGAUAUAGGGAUUCGAGGUUUGGGGAUGUACCUAUGGCCGAGUGGGCGUCUCCAGGGAUGGAUGUGUUGUCUACACCAGGGUCGGGUCCGUUUCGUAGGGAGGGAUAG